UCUGCUGCAAUGGAUGGCAGAGGGUCCGUAAUACCCAAAGCGCUGGAGUGAUCCAGUAGCCGGGAAGGGGUCUAGAAGUGCCUACUACUACACCACACUACACUUGGCUCUACACAUUUACCGAGCUAACCCCUGUCCAGUGCCUGGCAGAGCUAAGGGGGCUUCAAUCCUUAUUCCUUAUCCCCAUCUUCGCCCAGGCUAACGGGGCCUUACUUAUUCAGGGGGGAGAGUGGAGCCUCGAGAAGCACUGUUGAGAGGAAGAUCCUUGGCUCCUCUUCAUUCUCUACAGGGUUCCAAACCUUUCUUCAACAUAGGUAACAACGAGCGGGGCAGAGAUGGAAGAGAUCGAACAAAUACGGGAAAAGAAUCAUAUUGAAAACGCUCCUAACCCAACCCCUUCCUUCGUAGAGCUGUGUAUUGUAAGUGAUCCGAACCUGCCCGGAGCGAGCCUCCCAUAGAGGCAAGUGAAGUUGGUGAGCCGUAUGAUGGGCAACUAUCUCCUGCGGUUCGGAGAGGACUCAGCUGUUAGUUAGUACCCCCUUGGUUUCGGGGUGGACCCUUUCACUCUAUUUUAUUAUAUACGCUUAGCGAAAAGAAUGUUUUUUGAUACACCUAGGACAUGGAUUCUAUAUGAACCAAUGGAUCGUAACAAGUCGUUACUACUAGCAAUGACUUCCUCUUUCAUUACUUCAUCCUUUCUAUAUCCCUCUCCCUUGUUCUCAGUUACUCAUCAAAUGGCACUCAGUUCAUAUCUUUAAGUUCGAUCAUUGACAAGGUUCAAAGAAAGGGUGGGCCAUUGAUAAAGAAUCGAUUCCAAACCAAAAAUAUGUUGAAUGAAGGUAGCUUGCUUACUCUCAGCCACUAGUUAGAAGGAAAUCCCUUGAUUUCGCUUAUGCCCUUAUGCAGUAAAAAAAGCAAGUGAGGCGGGCUAAGAUUCCAUUCGAAGUAAGAUAACAGGAUUCGAUGUUGCACCAUCUUCAACUCUUCCCGGGAUCCGGAGUUUUGUUUUUCGAGAAAAGGUCCCAUCCUUCAAUAUCAUGAUUGGGUCGACCAGGCCAGAUCAUGAGUAAAUAUAAAAUCGAAAACGUACAUAGCUGUUCCAGCUGAAAUACUUGGAAUAAUUCUACCACUUUUACUAGGAGUAGCCUUUUUAGUGCUAGCUGAACGUAAAGUAAUGGCUUUUGUGCAACGUCGAAAGGGUCCUGAUGUAGUGGGAUCGUUCGGAUUGUUACAACCUCUAGCAGAUGGUUUGAAAUUGAUUCUAAAAGAACCUAUUUCACCAAGUAGUGCUAAUUUCUCCCUUUUUAGAAUGGCUCCUGUGGCUACAUUUAUGUUAAGUCUGGUCGCUUGGGCCGUUGUACCUUUUGAUUAUGGUAUGGUAUUGUCAGAUUCGAACAUAGGGCUACUUUAUUUGUUUGCCAUAUCUUCGCUAGGUGUUUAUGGAAUUAUUACAGCAGGUCGGUCUAGUAAUUAGGGGGCGGCCGUUCGGUCGCCUAUGAUACUAGGACCAAUAGGUAAAAAAUGGGUUUGUGCCGCAGGUGUUGAACGAUCUACUCUACACAGGUGUGGGCUUACAGGGCUAGGGCUCAUAAACCUUUUCUUUCAUUCAUCAAAAGGGCCCUGGUCGGUCACUUUUCCGGGUCGGGAUCGAUAAGUAGAAGUCAUAAAAAAGAAAUGUUUCUCUUCGCA